CCGCCGCCGUGGCAGCGGCCCCGGUCCCGGCCCCGCGCCCGCCUGCCGCGGCGGGGAUGCCCGGUUAGGAGCGCGGCGGGCAGCGCCCGGCUCCGCCAGGAUGAAGAAGCAUCAUCAUCAUCACUCCGUGCAGGGCACCUUCAGCCGCCUCUUCGGGAAGCGCCAAGCCAGCCCCGCCGCCGCUUCCCUCUUCGCUACCAACCCGCCCUGGAUCCUCACGCAGGAGGUGACCUCGGACAGCGCGGGUGGCACCGGUGAUGUGAUUGAAGUGUAUUAUGGUGACAAUCGCUUCGGGACAAUGACCGACUCUGGCACAGCAACGCUUAAACCUCGUCCGAGAGUCCGGCCGCUGCUGACUUUCUUACCCCUUAAUGCCCAAGAAUCCCACGGGGUGGCUGUGCCAACGCCGUCGGUGCCAGAAAACUUUGAGGAAAAAGCAGCUCUUGGCUCUGGCUCCCAGAUCAAUGGGAACUACCGAAUGUACAGCUCGGUGGGGGACCUGCGCCCACAGGCUCUCGAGGGCGAUGACCUGGACGAAGACAUCCCUCCGCCGCCGUCGGUACCCCCACCGCCCCCUCCAACGGCACCAGCGCCUGCGCCACCACCUCCAGCCUCGCCGGCCCCUCCACCGCCCGAAACGCUGCCUCCGCCACCGCCACCGCCCGAGACGGUGCCGCCGCCUCCUGCCAUGGCACCUCCGCCACCUCCAGCCUCCGCCCUGUCCUCCCCCAGCACGCCGGCUCCUCCAGACUUCAUCCCGCCAGCCCCACCGGGCGCCUCGCCGCUCAGCCAGGCCCCGGCACCCUUCGCCACCGGCAUCUCCAAGUGGAAGUCCGAGACGGUGCUGAACACCAGGCAGGUGGAUGCUGAGGGGCCGCUCUGCCCUGCCGAGGCUGGGGUGCCCGCUGCCCCCGGCCCAAAGGAGAGUCUGCAGCCCAAGCACUGUCCCGAGCCCCACCUCACCUUCCCCAGGUCCUUCAAGGUGCCCCCCCCGGCCCCAGCCCGGUCCUCCUCCAUCCCUGUGCAGGAGAGCCAGCCCAUCCAGCGGGAGCCCUUCCCCAGGCAGCCUCAUGCCUGGCCUCCCCUCCCGCCUUGCUUCACCAUAAGACCCGCGGCCAAGGCUCACGCAGGAGGAGAAGCCGACCAAAGAAAUUCCCCGCUGAGACAGGCCGUCGCGAAGCCGGCUGUGCCGACACCCCCGCCGCUGAGCCCCAAGCCGGGUCUAGGGCUCAGCCAAGGGAUGAAUCCUGCUGGCUGCCGGUCCCCGCUGCCAGGCUCCGAGAUGGAGAAGGUUCCCCAGCUGAAAACAGGUGAGGGAGACUCUCCUCCAAAAUCCGAAUCUCUCUCUGCGAAUGACCUGGACCUCCCGCCUCCGGACUACCCGACCUGCGAGGACGACUGGAGGGACGCCAGCAACCUGAGCAGGCUGCGGCAUGAGCUCUCGGCCCUCCUGCGCUCCCCGCGGAGGGAGGAACGGCCAUCGGAGAAGCCCCCUGGUCCCCGGCCCGUGGACGGCAGUACCGACCGCACCGGCAGCCGUGAGCCCAGCCUCGGCGGGCCCCAACCUGCCGGAGCUGCUGGGAAGGACGUGCGGUCACCCGCGGGAGGGGAGAAUGAGAAGAACGAGGUGCCCAGCAGCCCCCCUGGUGCCAAGGGGGGCUCUCCCAGCACAGCGCUCCCUGCUCCGGAGAGCAACCCCACUGCGCGGACCUGCAGCGUGAUGAAAAUCAGGAACGAGCUGGAGGCUGUGCUGUCCCUGAAGAAAGAAGGGAAGCCUGCCCUGGGGCUCGGCAGCCAGAAGCAGGGCACCGAGGAUGGCAGCAGCACCCCACGUCUGAGGAAGAGCCCCCCCGACCCGAGGAAAAGCCCCCCUGACCCAGCUGACUCGGUGCUGCCAAAACCGGCCCCAAGCCCGGUCCCAGCACCAGCGGCUGCGUUGGAGAAGGAUGAGAUGGGGCACGAGGACCAUCCCGCUCCGGCCGCUAGCAAGGCCGCAGAGAACCUGACCCCUGCUCCCGGGUCUCUCGACAGCAGCGCGAGCCCCCCAGACCCACCUCGGGGACCAGCGGAGGAGCCCCCUGCUCCCACCUCUCCCUCGCCCCCCGUUUCCCCCGCACAGAGCCCGGCACCGCAGCCCAGCGCGGCCAUCUUCCAGUACAAAGUGCACCGGGCUGGGGCCAGCUCGGCCGAACCGCCCUGCGCCUCGAGCUCGGCCGAACCGCCCUGCCCCACGAGCUUGGCCAGCGGCCCGCCGGGCGCCUCGGGAGCGGGACGAGAGGAGGUGCUGAUCCACCCCGUGACGGGCGAGCGGGUGGAGCGGGGCUCCCCCAUGGCGCUGCUCCUGGCAGCCCGGCAGCGUGCCCAGCGGGGCCGGCAGGCUGGUGAGGUGGGAGCCACGCCGCGGGCGAAGCCGCCCCUGAAACUCGGCAGCGCCUCGUCGGACACCGCCUCCGCCGGCUUCUACCGCCACGAGUCCAAGCCCUACUCCUUCACCGUGGUGCCCCGGCCGCCCGCGGCGGGUGCGGCGGCGGCGGGACGGAGCAGACCUCCGUCCUUCUCCAGCUCCUCGGAGCAGGGCCGGGACGCGCGGGCGGCGGGCGAGGCGCAGCCCUCGAGCCUCCUCCCCGCGCACCGGCGGGCUGCUGCCUCCAGCCUGCUGCGGGGCCUCCUCGAGUCCGGGCAGACGAACCAGGCCGGCGUGCCCAGGGAGGAGGAGAACGGGGAGACGGCGCUGGACUACGGGAUUAUCCCCCCGCCCCCCGAAUUCAGCAACGAGGCGGGCGAGACCGAGGGGUCCCUCCCAAGUCGGGAGGAGAACCGCAAGUGCUCCAGCUUCCCCGACUGCAGCCGGGGCUCGGAUGCACCGCGGUAUUUCAGGUGGCCCGGCUACGGCCGCGGCUACGGGGGCAGCCACGAGCCGCCAGCCCCGCUGCCCUCGGAGAAGAGCAGGAGGAGCGUCGACUUCACGCCCCAGUACCCAGAUUUCGGCGGCUCUGCUGGUUACUUCAGCCGCUGCCCGAACCCCCGCCCGCUGAUCAAGAAGCGCCUGUACGUCUCCGAGCCCGACAGCUCCUACCCCCGGGCAGCUGCAGCCCCCCGGGGCACGGGUGCCCUCUCCUCCUACGGCCCCGGGGGAUACAGCUCCCCGGCUGGGGAGGGGGUCCGCCGCCUCAGCUCUGCCCACAGGAACGGCCCCGCGAGCGCGCAGGGCAGGCGGACCUCCGUCGAUGCUGCCGGGAAAGCCGCGCCGUACGGCAACGCCGGGGCCGAUGCCAAGUACAAGGGGCAGAACGGGGAUUUCUCGCCCGCCGGUGCGGCGGCAGCCGGCAGACCUGCCCACGGCAGCUCGCAGUACAGCGGACAUACCAACACCUUCACGGUCAGGCCCGGGGCGCGGCAGCCCAUCUCCUACACCUACCAGAGUGGCCACCGAUAGGUUUGUCCGCAGGGCUGCUCCGCCGCCUUCGUCCGGCUGGGAAGGGGUGAGAAGGUGCCUGGAUUGGUUGUCUCCUUCUCUGCGGGCACCAGGGACGGUCCCAACCCAGGCAGCAAACGCACUGCUUGAAACUACUGACGGAGAAGGCGAGGAGUGAACCUGGGACUCGGACUCUUCUCAAAAGACUGUCACGGAGCGCGGUUACUACAGAGGACAGGCUGCUGUCUUGUUACGUGAGCAAACACAGUUUUCCUUCUCCUAUUUCCCCCCCUCUGCCCUGUAUUAUUUUCAAAAUUGCAGCCUGAUAGGUCUUCUAAGAAAGCCAAAAAGCAUCCUUAGUUCUCUUUAAAGAGCAUUGCCACUGGAGAGAUUGUUUUCAAUUUGUUUUUUUAGUUGGUUUAAAUCCGACAUGCUUGGGAGUCGGGAGAAACCAACUGCGAGAUGUGCAUAAUGGAAGCAAGCCAGUGUAUAGCUACAUGCAGGGGAAUUAAAACAAGAAUGUGAGGCCAAUGGGAUAGAAAUAGAGUUUAGGAUGUCUAGGUCCUAACCUCUUCUGUCCCCACCUCCUCCAACAGCCUUGAGCAAAUCAAUAUGCCGAUGCCUUAAAAACAGCUCCUGGCUUUCAGUGCCUGUCCUGCCGAGCCGGGGGCAGCUCUGCCGUGAGGGUCUGAGCCCCCUUCUCUGGGGAUCAACUGCGGGGGGGGCAGCAGCUUCGGGAGCACAAGCCCUUGCUUUCCUGUGCCUUUUGGUCACUGUAAAUGUUUCUGUUGGUAAUUGUGCCUCAUGGAAGAAGGCUGUGAGGCCUGGAUGGAUGGCUGUAAAGCACUUUGGAGACUUAAGACAUUGAGCAAUUCCUUUCCUUUAUCAGCUGGUGGGUGUCAGCAGCUCACUGAGGUGCUGUGCUGGUGGUGCUUUCCUCGAGGGGCCUCUUGCCACUUCAUACCCACGUAAACCCCACCUCUAAAAGCUAAGCCCUGGAGUCCUUAUAAAUUGUUAUACUGAGACUUGGCUUUAGUUUGCCUGGUUUGGGGUACUGAGAAGCUAAAUUUUGGUGUGGUUGUAGAGUAUUCGAUGCUCCUGGUGUGUGGAAGGUCUGCGGUGACGUACCUAAGGGAGCUGGCUCCUGCUGUUUCCGUAAGCGCUUGCCUGGGUGCUGGGCGUGCGUGCAAGCCUGUCCCUGCUUCCUGCCAGUGCCUCUCUGAAGGAUCUAGUGAUGGCUAUGCGGUGAGGUGGGAGAUAAGUGUAGCCUUAAAGAGGGUAUUUUAUACUACAGAGCAAGCAAUACAGUCUCAUGAUAGCUGACCAAAGUUUUGAAUAGCCAAAUUCCUGAAGUUAGAAAUAUAUAAUCUUCCUCAUAGGUAAACUUGCUGAAAAUCACUGUAAGAUAAGUGUAAAAACUUGUAGAGAAUGUUUUCUAAUCACUGACAAACUAAAAGCACUUUGAGACAUGAGUCUACUUUUAUGGAAAGCACUUUCUAUUUUCAGUACUACACAAUAUCAUUAGUUCCACUCCAGCUUAUCCUGCAUUGCAUGCACGUGCAUAUCUGUGCAUGUAAGCAGAUUUUGCUCUACAAUUCAACUCAAAAUUCAGUGAUAAAUUUUCCUUCAUGGUGGAAUUUUGAAGAGAGUUAUCUUGUUAUUAAUGUCAUGUUGUGGACGUUCUACGUAUUAUUUUAUUUCCAACUUUACCUAAUAAUUUAACAGCUGUUUCAAAUAUUGCAGCAGCUUCAAAGUAUUCUGAACUUUACUUUGCUGUGAAUAAAAUGAAAACGCAAAUACAGUAAUUGGUCUAACAGCUAAUUCAAAUGGCAUUUUUAUGCCAGUAAGUCACAGUGACUUGGAAGAUUUCCAGACAUGCUCACCCCAGCCAGUAUUGAAAUAACAUGUUUUAAAUAUCUGGGUGUUGGUUUUUAAAAACUGCUUAUGGAGAAAAGUGACUAUGGAGUAACUAUCUGGGUACUUAAGUGUGCCAGUGUGACGUAGAAUAGCCCCCCCCCCCCCCUUAAAAGAUGGAAGUUCCUCCAUGCGAGGAGCAUGCUGAGGAUUCCUUAUCUAUGGAAGUAAAGCCGUGAUCCUGUUUGGGUGGCUCCAGGGUCAUGUUUUAGUAUUGGAUGAAGUUUCACCAGUUUAACUUGAAACAAAACAAAGAAGCCUUUCUGAUAAGAUUGCAACCUAACUGUUUUUUUUUCCCCUGAUACUUGUUUUUUCAAAAUAAUAAGUUAUAACCACAAAUUAAUUGUCAAAAGCAGUUUUAAAUUUAAAGGCUUGUUGGGAGACUUCAGCUUUCAAGAUUGACUUUUCCCAGAAAAAGGAGGGGGUGUGUGCAAUUUUCCCCCUCAAGAAUUCUCCUAAAUUUGAGCAUAUCCCCAACAUAAGUUGGUUUUUUUGUUUGGGGUUUGUUCUUUCUUUUUUUUUUUCAAGAGCAAAAUGUGAAACUCCAAUGGUGGCACUUGCUUUGAAUUUCACAUACAUUAUUUCACCCAGACAUGCAAUUCAUAUGUAGUUGUAAUAUGGUGUUCUAUAGUGUGGAAUGUCUUGUUUCUAGCAGACGUGUAUUUGUUUAUAUUAAAUAUUAGAAGCAUGAUAAUAUAAGUAAGUUUUAUGAAAUAGCCAUUAUUCAUUCAAAGAACACCCAUUCUGGGAAUGCACAGUGGACUAAGCUGUAACUAAAUCAGGUAGGACUCUCUUCACAGUUGUAAAACUGGUUAGCAUGAAUGUUUUAAGCAGUGGAACUAUUCUAUUCUUUAAACACUUUGGGCUAUCCCUGCUUCUUUUGAAUGCAUUAAGCAAAAUUCUAGUAUUUCAGUAACAACUAGACAUUUAUGCUGGGGCCACUGGGACCUGUUUGUGUUACAAAGAAACCACUGUCAGAGCUGUUGGCAGCUAAAGCACUUAGGGAGAAAGUUAAUCCAUAAUGAAGAGCAAGGACUUCUUGGCUGCAGGGAUAGGGAAGAGCUCCCUCUUCCUUGGUCAGGUAACUUUGUCAGGACAGCACAUAGGUAAACUGUACUCCAAUUCCUGUUUCUGCUCCUCCCCAGCUCUGUUUCACUAUAUAAAUUUAGCAACAGAAGAGGAAGAAACUAAGGGGUAGUAAUGGAGCAAAGCAACCCACCUACCGUACAGCCCAGUCUUAGCACUGAAAGCAAUCUUGAAGCCUGACGAUGGAAUUAUUCUCACUUCAACCCUCUGAUGCAGUUUGGUCAUUCAAGUCUUGAUACAACUUAAAAUAUCCCCUGCAGCUGCCUCUUCCUCAAAAGUACCUGCUAAUGUAGUAUAACUGAGAGCUUUACUUGUAAAGUGUUGAACAAAGUCUCUUAUUUAUGAGUGCCAUUGAACACCAACCUUCUUGCAUUAAAUAUGUCUGGAUGUAUUGUUUUA